AAGCAGCCCUGACGUCCCUCUGUCAUCCAGCGCUCAUUAUUAGCCUUCUGCGUGCAACUUUCAUUCACUUGAGCUGAGAGGUUUCUAGAGAAAUGGCUGCACUAAUCAGGAAGAUUAUCAGCACAACUAAAGCUCCGGCUGCUAUCGGCCCGUACAGCCAAGCCGUGGUGGUAGAUCAAACCAUGUAUAUUUCAGGACAGCUGGGAAUGGAUCCUGCCAGUGGACAGUUGGUGGAAGGUGGUGUUCAGGCUCAAACCAGACAGGCUCUGGCGAAUAUGGGUGAAAUUCUUAAAGCCGCUGGGUGUGGUUAUGAUAAUGUUGUCAAAACCACAGUGCUCUUAGCCAACAUGAACGACUUCACCAGCGUCAAUGAUGUCUACAAGCAGUUCUUUAGCACCAACUUCCCAGCCAGAGCUGCCUUUCAGGUCGCCGCGCUUCCCCGGGGCGGACUGGUUGAAAUUGAAGCAAUUGCUGUUUUGAGCCCUCUGACCACCACUUCCUAAUAAGUACAUUAAACAGACAAACAACUAGGAAAAUCUACAAACACUGAAAAGUGUCAAAACCCAAUGUCCUAAUUAUAGAUGUAGUACUGUAUCAUCAUAUUUUGGAAGCCAUUAGGCAACUUAGCGCUGUUUGAACAUGUCACGGGUCACCUGGCAGACUAACGGCAGUCAGGUUUGGAGCACUUUCUCCUCUCUCGUUAACACUGAUGAGCUGUAUUUGAAGGCAGCACUGCAAUUUAAAUCCACUGUGCUCACAUUUCACUUACAAUAGCUGAGAAGUACCUAAGCUUGCUCAUUAGAUUGAAUUACACUACCAGCCUGUGCUGUCACCAGCCGUAUCAUGACAGUGUAUCCUCUUUCUUUGCACCAGAUGAUGGAUGAUUGAGCAUAACUUAAUAAUAAAGGGUUUUAAUUUUC